AUGGGUCCGCAGAUUUUGGCCAUGGCUUUGAGUCUUCGAAGGAUCUUGGUCGCCGCGUCCAGCGUGGCGGCAGCUGCAAAUGUUUUCAGCGUGCCACUUUCCAAGCGGGAGCUGAGCUUUGAGGAGACCGUGGAGGCUGUGAACAAGGGCAUGCAGAAGUGGGAGGCGCGCUUGGGCAAGGAUGACCCGGUGGUCAUCGAUGACUAUAUGAACGCCCAGUACUAUGGCGAGAUCGGUGUGGGCACGCCGGCCCAGAAGGAGAUGGUGAUCUUUGACACUGGCUCUUCCAAUUUGUGGGUGCCGAACACGCGGCCCUUCCUGACGAGCCACAACAUCUAUGAUCAUUCCAAGUCGUCCACCUACAAGAAGAAUGGCACCACCUUCGCCAUCCAAUACGGCUCCGGGCCGGUGUCCGGCGUGUUUUCCGCAGACACCGUGACCAUCGGCGACCUGCAGCUGAAGGACUACACUUUCGCAGAGGUGGACAAGACUUCUGGUCUGGGCCUGGGCUACCGGCUGGGCAAGUUCGACGGCAUUCUGGGCCUGGGUUGGGACUCCAUCUCGGUGGGUGGCGUGCCUACGCCCAUGAACGCCUUGGUCAAGUCCGGCCAGCUGCCGGAACCCGUGUUCGCCUUCUACCUGGGCAACAACCAGCCAGGCGAGCUGGUCUUUGGCGGCGUCGACCCCAAGCACUACACGGGCGACUUCUCCUUCGUGCCUCUUAGCUCGGAGUCUUACUGGGAGAUCAAGUUGGAUGGAGUCAAGCUGGGGUCUGACUCCGUUUCCAGCACCAAGAGCGCCAUUGUCGACUCUGGCACCUCGCUCUUGGCGGGCCCCAAGUCGGAGAUCGCGGCCAUUGCGACCAAGCUGGGGGCGAAGUCCAUCCUGGGCAAGGAGUACGUGGUGGACUGCAGUGCCAAGCUGCCUGAUCUCACCUUCACCUUGGGCGGUAAGGACUUUACCCUGAAGCAGGCAGAUUUGAUCCUGCAGGCGUCGGGCUCCCAGUGCAUUCUGGCACUCACGGGCUUGGACGUGCCACCUCCCCGUGGUCCUUUGUGGAUCCUGGGCGACGUGUUCAUGCGCAAGUACUACGUGCAGUUUGACUGGGGUCAGAAGCGUCUUGGCUUUGCAACUGCCGCCCAGGCUGUGCAGAUGCCGGCGGCCCCUGUGCACGUGCCACUUUCCAAGCGGGAGCUGAGCUUUGAGGAGACCGUGGAGGCUGUGAACAAGGGCAUGCAGAAGUGGGAGGCGCGCUUGGGCAAGGAUGACCCGGUGGUCAUCGAUGACUAUAUGAACGCCCAGUACUAUGGCGAGAUCGGUGUGGGCACGCCGGCCCAGAAGGAGAUGGUGAUCUUUGACACUGGCUCUUCCAAUUUGUGGGUGCCGAACACGCGGCCCUUCCUGACGAGCCACAACAUCUAUGAUCACUCCAAGUCGUCCACCUACAAGAAGAAUGGCACCACCUUCGCUAUCCAAUACGGCUCCGGGCCGGUGUCCGGCGUGUUCUCCGCAGACACCGUGACCAUCGGCGACCUGCAGCUGAAGGACUACACUUUCGCAGAGGUGGACAAGACUUCUGGUCUGGGCCUGGGCUACCGGCUGGGCAAGUUCGACGGCAUUCUGGGCCUGGGUUGGGACUCCAUCUCGGUGGGUGGCGUGCCUACGCCCAUGAACGCCUUGGUCAAGUCCGGCCAGCUGCCGGAACCCGUGUUUGCCUUCUACCUGGGCAACAACCAGCCAGGCGAGCUGGUCUUUGGUGGCGUCGACCCCAAGCACUACACGGGCGACUUUUCCUUUGUGCCUCUCAGCUCGGAGUCUUACUGGGAGAUCAAGUUGGAUGGAGUCAAGCUGGGGUCUGACUCCGUUUCCAGCACCAAGAGCGCCAUUGUCGACUCUGGCACCUCUCUCUUGGCGGGCCCCAAGUCGGAGAUCGCGGCCAUUGCGACCAAGCUGGGGGCGAAGUCCAUCCUGGGCAAGGACGGUACGUGGUGGACUGCAGUGCCAAGCUGCCUGAUCUCACCUUCACCUUGGGCGGUAAGGACUUUACCCUGA